AUGAUAAAAUUCAGAAAAUUUUCCAUUCCGGUGAGAAUUUCCAUUCCGCUGCGGGACACCAAAUGGGGCGACCCCAUUUGGUGCAAAUUCUACGGUACUAUCACCGCAAUCAACGGGCUGCAGAGCGACUCUAUCUAUAACCGAGACAGAAAAGAUCACGAAUCUAUUGAGACUGGCCAAAAUGCCAUCACUACUGGCCCAUCUCGCAAUAUAUCGGCCGCCGAUGAUUUCGCCAUCGAUUUCAAUCUCAAGGACAGCAACGCUCCAUCUGCCAAUGAAGAGGUUGCUCAAAGUCGAAUUGCAUGGAAUGCCAACGAUCAGACCAACUACUAUGGCAAACUUCGAACAGAGACCAUCAACGGCUCUUCUGGCUCAGCAGUGGUGGAUUGUGUCGUCAUGAGCAAUGCUUCAGAGGCCUCAGUGGAUAUCAUUUUGUUGACAUGA